AAGCCACAUCCACCGCAACGCUAUGAUACCACCACCACCACCAAAGCCAUCAUAACCCCCCAUCUCCCCCAAUCAUGUCCUGGAAAACCCCCUUCCUAAUAUCCCUCCAGUCCCGCGACAUCCGCGAAAAAUCCCACGACAAUUUCAUCAGUGCCUACACCCGCCUGGCGAACCGAACUUCCAACCCCACCACUACCUCCGAUACCUCCGACCCGACCAAUCCCCCACCCCCGGACCAGCAACUGAUAACCGACCUCCUUGCAGCGCAGACUUCAAAAGGGCUAUUGCAAUCACAACUUGCCGCCGCCCAAGCUGAGGUCGUGUCGUUGCAGGCGCAGAUUAAAGCCCUCGAGAAAGUGGCCAGGGAGAAGGAAAGGUUGGAAAGAAAGAACGUGGAUCUAGAGAGUGAGGGGCGAGAUAAGAGCCGGGUUAUACAGAAUUUACAAGACGAGAUGUUGACAUUGACCAUGGAAUUAAAUGUCCUGGCGGAUAAAGAGCAAGCUACAAGAAAGGAGAACGAAGAUCUGGUACAGCGGUGGAUGGACUUUGCGGAGACCCGGGCGGAGGUUAUGAAUCGUGCUUCUAAUUGGGAAUAACAAUCACGAUCAACCUUACUGCAUAACCUUUUACACACUAACAGCAUCCCCAUUCAUUCCCUCAUUCUGUCAUUCCCGCCUUCACAGCGACUAAAUUGUUGUACAGUAUAAAGGCUAUUGGCAGAUAACGGGCUCGUAAGGGGAGAAGGGAAUAAUUUGGGUAUAUUAGCACAUCCAUUCAUAUAGGGAAUACAUUAAAACAACUAA